GUUUAAUUCCUCCUGAACUGAACUACGAACUGUGUUUACAUCUGCAACGUGCUUACCGUGUAUAAAGACGGGUACCGAAAUUAUUGACGUUUAGUGUAAUUCAUUUCAUUUGUUGGUAAUUGCAAUAGAUUAUUCUUGUCAAGGAAUGCAGAAUGCAGAGUAGUGCAGUGCAGUAUUGACGUGGGAAGAUGUAGGAAAUUAAAUUUACAUUACAAAACAUUAAAAUAAUCAUGACAAAAAAAACGGACAAUAAAAAUUAUAAAUUUGGGGCUUUAUGUCACGCGGUAACUUACAGUGUCGUUAAUUUUACAGAAACAUUCUUUUACAAGUUAGGAUUAUAUAUUGGACAACACCCAAAAAGAACAAUUGUGAUAUGUUGGAUAGUAGUACUUGUAAGCGCUUUAGGAUUUAUACGGUUUCGCCAAGAAAAGAAUCCACUUAAACUUUGGGUUCCUCCAGAUUCAUCUUUCGUUAAAGACUCAGAAUGGCUUAUGAAAUCCUUACAAAUUGCGUACCAAGAAGAAGUGGUUAUGCUUACGGGCGACGAUGUACUUACUCCAGAGUACAUACAAAGGUUAUACCAACUCGACCAAGAGGUUCGGAAUACGAAGAGUUCUAAAAAUUUAACGCUUAAGGAUGUAUGUUUUAUGAUACCAAAGGUCGAACCGAGUCUUCUAAAAUUACUCGAUUAUAACGAUACUCGUGUAGACCCAAGCUCCCAAAUGAAUCCUGCGUUAUACUGCAGCUUUGUCGAAUCAAUGAGGAAAGAGUGUUAUGUCAAAAGUAUAUUAGAUUUGUGGGGAUUUAAGAAAAAGACAAUUAUGGCACUUACGAAGGAAGAUAUUGUCAAUGCCAUUAAUGUUGAAUCUGAUGAAUUGUUUGGAAAACUGAAAAGUCAUAAAGACCUCCUUGGAAUGGUUGAAAAAAACGAAACCGGACAUAUCGUUGGAGCUAAAGCUUUAUACAAUUAUUGGUAUUUGACAAAAAACUUUUCGGCUAUCGAUAUGGAGAAAGUUGGAAAUAUGGCGGGUACCAGUGAUUGGGCAACAGAAGAAGCCGUAGAUUGGGAAGGUUUAUUCCUAGAAAUAUUGGAAAAGUUUAGUCAAUCAAAAGAAAUGUUUUACUACGCAGGUAGAAGUUUCGGUGAUAUAAGCAAUGCAGCUUUAUUCCAAGAUAUGGACUUAAUAGUCUUUGGAGUCACAAUUAUGAUACUUUAUGUUCAACUAGUUAUAUCCAAAUUUAAUUUUGUUGAAAUGAGAAUUAUUUUAGGCUUUAUUGGGUUACUAUCUAUAGGAAUGUCCUUCGUCGUAGGCUCAGGAAUCUGUUCACUGAUAGGCGUUCCUUAUGGUCCUGUUCACACAUCUUUACCGUUUCUACUAAUGGGGUUAGGUGUUGACGAUAUGUUCAUAAUAAUUGCAUGUUGGGAAGAACUAACUGCAGAAGAAAAGAAAUUACCGAUGGAACGGAAAAUAGCACUGACGCUUAAACACGCCGGUGUAUCCAUCACCAUAACUUCAGUUACUGAUGUGAUAGCUUUCAUUAUUGGUUCCUCGACAAUCUUGCCAUCUUUAGAAUCGUUUUGCAUCUACGCUGCAGCAGGUGUACUUAUGACCUUUAUAUUUGCCGUUACGUUUUUCGUAGCGUGUUUUGUGAUAGAUCAACGACGAGUUGAAUCAAAUAGGCAUGGUGCUUUUCCGUGGAUUGUGUAUCCUAACUACGAACCAAACCAGUGCAGUCAGAAAAAUUUUACUAGUAUAAUAUUUAAUAAAUUCUACUCUAAUGUGAUAUUAACCACGCCAGGAAAGAUAGCUGUGAUAGUAAUUAGUAUUAUCUGCGCUGGAUUUAGCAUAGAAAGUUGUAUGAAGUUAGAGAAAAAAUUCAAUCCCGAGUGGUUUAUACCGGAAGGGACGCAUCUCGGAAAUUUUUUUUCGGCCAGAAAUACAUACUUUCCUUUAGUUGGAUUUGACGCUGGCUUGUAUAUGGGAGCAGUAAAUUAUUCACACGAAUUGACAAAUAUUAAGAGGGCUGUUGACAAAUUAAAUGAGAUUAGUAAUACUACUGAAAAUGUUGUAUCGUGGGUAGAUCCUUUCAGAGACUUCGUUAUGUUCAAUUUUCAUCAUGAUGUGUUUAUUGAACCUUUGGAUGAUGAUCGGUUUUCCAUAUUUCUAACAAAAUUUCUCAUGAGCCCCAAAUAUGCGCAAUAUCAAGGAAAUUUUAUUUUUGAAAGGGAGCUUGAAUGUGGAGUUCCAGCACCAAAAAUUAAGUUAUCUACAAUUGACUUCUUCUUUAAAAAAUCAUCUGAAACGCAACAGCAAAUAUCGGCGAUGUAUCAAGUUAGAGGUAUAGCUGAAAAUAUUAAUUUUACUUCUGGAGAUAGGUUCGCAACGGUAUGGUCGAAAUUUUUUGCAACGUGGAUUACAGAUGAGUUAAUUGGUAUAGAGGUACUACGGAAUCUCCAACUAGCUCUCUUAUGCGUGAUGCUGUGUACAAUUCCUCUAAUAGCAAACUGGCAAAUAAGCUGUCUUAUAUUUUGCUGCGUUCUAAUCACAAUGGUAGACGUAUGUGGCCUUAUGCAACGCUGGGGUGUCAACGUCGAUCUCGUCUCAUGUAUUGGACUGGAGUUGGCGAUUGGGUUGUGUGUAGAUUACGCUACACAUGUCGGACAUACAUUUUUGACGGUUUCCGAAGGAAAUAGGCAAGAACGUGUAAUCAAAACGGUUACUUCAAUCGGAUCUGCUGUUUUGUAUGGAGGUUUAUCAACUUUUAUUGGCGUAUCUAUGAUGAGCUUCUCGAGGGCGUACACUUUUCAGUCAUUUUUUAAGAUCUUCUUCCUGGUUAUCGUAUUCGGAUUGUUCCAUGGAAUUGUAUUGCUGCCUGUUAUUUUAAGUUUCAUCGGUCCUUCUCCUUACAAAAAGCACAAGAAACCUGCCGUAGAAGAGUCAGAACUUAAACCUCUGGACAGCUGACAGUUAACGACUUUAACAAACAUCUAGAGAUUAAGUAGGAUUGAUAAAUUUGUUUAAUAAAACAAAACUAAGUAAUUGGGCCGUGUUAGCUUAAUUAGAAUAAUGAGAUUUUAAUGACAGUUUUUGUUAUGUUUAAUAAAGAUAUUGUUUUUUAGAAGAG